CACGGUCAACAAAAAUGUUCUCGUACGCAUAAAUAUCCUCAUUCAUGUUUACAAUUUAACCGCGUGUGUUUCCUGCAAAUAAUCAUUCAUAUAUUUCGUUCUUCGUAUAACAAUAAAAUUAUUCCUUACAAUGAAAUUAAAAUUAGUUUUUAUUCUGGCUACACUAACGUGUUAUGAGUGCGGGUUGAUUUCUUCUAGUUUUUGGGCGCCACUAUUUAAUCCAAAAAUAUUAGGGUAUAAAGUUGAUAUAGCAUUCGAUCCAAAUGCAGGUAAAAAUGCGAGGGAAGAAUACAUACAGAAAUAUGGAAAAAAUGGUGAGAAAUUAAUAGCUGAUUUGAGCAAUGGAAAUGGACCUAAUAAGGAAUAUAAGGAUUAUGGAGAUAUACAGGUUUACUACACAUAUGAUGGGGCUAACAAAAGAGGACAUCACUAAUUAUAAAGCUUUCAUGAAUUGUGUACUUAUAGUGAGUUAAUACUAAUAAAACACUAAUUAAAUAUUCAUA